UGAUUCGUUACCAUUUGCAUCUUAUUUUUUACAGAUUCGUUACUCAAUAUUUGUCUAUUUUGUAAAUUGCUUUCUGGCUUAUAUCAUAUUGAGAAAGUUUUGACUACUUGAAGACUGACAGUUUCAACAAUUAUACGGGUUUCCUUGUCCACUAUUUUGUAUAUUGAUAAAUACUGGGUUUUCUUGAAAUCCAACAUUGAAAUGCCUUAUCUCUGGAGUCUCAAUAUGAUAAAGCAUGUUGAUGUCUAAUUAUAUGGAGAUUUUUCUCCAAGAAAAUCCCUAGAGAAAACAGUAGUCAGGCCAUUGUGUUAGUUAAAAAACCGUCCUAAAACCAGUUAGGUAAAGAAGAAGCAACCCCACAUGGGUUGAAUGACCUACCUAAUCUAUACUUACCUCCAGCAUGGUAUAGCUAGUACCCUCUGAACACGCCUGCAUACACUUUUGCUAUAUAAUCAUUCGGGUGUGGCUCUGUUGAUACCGGAAAAUGGAUCAAGCAAAGGGAAAAGUCUGUGUUACUGGGGCUUCAGGAUUCUUGGCUUCUUGGCUUGUGAAAAGACUUCUCCUUGACGGAUAUGAAGUUAUUGGAACAGUCAGAGAUCCAGGAAAUGAGAAGAAACUUGCUCACCUUUGGAAGUUGGAAGGGGCAAAAGAGAGACUACACUUGGUGAAGGCUGAUUUAAUGGAAGAUGGAAGUUUUGAUAACGCCAUAAUGGGAUGCCAAGGAGUUUUCCAUACUGCUUCUCCUGUCCUCAAACCUACCUCUAAUCCAGAGGAUGAGAUCUUGAGACCAGCUAUAGAGGGAACCCUGAAUGUACUGAGAUCAUGCAGGAAGAAUCAGUCCCUGAAGCGUGUGGUUCUCACCUCAUCCUCUUCAACUGUCAGAAUCAGAGAUGAUUUUGAUCCCAAUAUUCCUCUUGAUGAAUCAGUUUGGACUUCUAUAGAACUCUGCAAGCGUUUCCAGGUCUGGUAUGCCUUAUCAAAGACAUUAGCUGAGCAAGCUGCAUGGAAAUUCUGUGAAGAAAAUAGUAUGGACCUUGUCACUGUUCUACCAUCCUUCCUCGUUGGACCCAGUCUUCCUCCUGAUCUAUGUUCUACAGCUUCCGAUGUCCUUGGAUUACUGAAAGGAGAAACAGAGAAGUUCCAAUGGCAUGGACAAAUGGGGUAUGUUCAUAUCGAUGAUGUUGCACGAACGCACAUACUUGUUUUUGAACAUGAAGCAGCUCAAGGCAGAUACAUUUGCAGCUCUGAUGUCAUCAGUCUAGAGGAACUAGUUUCCUUCUUAUCCACUCGUUACCCAUCACUGCCUAUCCCCAUGAGGUUUGAGAAACUAAAUAGGCUGCAUUACAACUUUAACACCUCGAAGAUACAGAGUCUCGGGUUCAAGUUCAAGUCCCUUGAAGAGAUGUUUGAUGACUGCAUUGCUUCAUUGGUCGAGCAAGGCUAUUUAUCUACCGCUGUUCCAUAAUUCUUAGACUAGAAAAUAUGUGCAAAUAAGAUUGGUCUGAGAUAGUAGUAAAUGUCGCUUCACAAUAAAAGAAUGGAAUUUGAAAACAUGACAAAGGUUACAAACCGAUCUAUAUUAUUAUUUGUUUAGUU